AUGGGGGACAAAGAUAUAGUUGCGACGACUAUCAAGCCGAAGGAGAGUACUACAACCAUACAAUGCCCUAUGCUCACUGCCACCAACUACACAGUGUGGAGCAUGAGGAUGAAGGUGGCGCUAAAGGUACAUAAAGUGUGGGAGACGAUAGAACCGGGGACACAUGAUGGAGACAAGAACGAUAUGGCUCGAGCAUUGUUGUUUCAGUCCAUACCAGAAGUCCUAAUUCUACAAGUAGGGGAUCUUGACACCUCAAAACUUGUGUGGGAAGAAAUAAAAGCAAGGCAUGUGGGAGCUGACAGAGUUCGUGAGGCUAGGUUACAAACACUCAUGGACGAGUUUAGUCGAUUGAAGAUGAAAGACACAGAGACCAUUGAUGAUUUCUCUGGUAAACUUGCAAAGAUGUCUUCAAAAUCUUCAGCUUUAGGAGAAGACAUAGAGGAAUCUAAACUCGUCAAGAAAUUUCUUCAUAGCCUUCCGAGGAAGAAGCUAAAAGCCUAUGAGGAGAGGAUCGUAGAUGAUGAUCAGCCUGAUGAUCAAGGAAAACUCAUGUAUGCCAAUGCUGACUCCCAAUCACAAACAGAAACCUACGGAAGAGGAAGGGGACGUGGUGGACGUUAUGGUAACAUAGGAAGAGGGCGUGGACGAUACAACAAUCAGCAAGACUGGAAGAAAGGUAGAGAUACUUCGCGUGUGGUAUGUUUCAGAUGCGAUAAAACUGGCCACUAUGCCUAUCUAUGUCCAGACCGGUUACUUAAGCUCCAAGAAACACAAGAGAAUGAAGCUGAGAGCACACACGAGGCUGAGGAGCUGAUGAUGAAUGAAGUCGUGUAUUUGAAAGAGGAGAAUGUGAUGCCAAGCAAGUUUGAAACGCACACUGAUAAAGACAAUGUCUGGUAUUUAGACAAUGGCGCAAGCAAUCACAUGUUAGGUAAUCGUGCUUACUUUGCAAAGAUUGAUGAGAGAAUCACAGGGAAAGUGAGAUUUGGAGAUGACUCGCGCAUAGACAUAAAACGAAAAGGUUCAAUUAUCUUCAUAAGCAAGGAUGGAAAGAAGAAAAUCUUGGUCGAUGUCUACUUUAUACCAGACUUGAAGAGCAAUAUUAUCAGCCUUGGACAAGCUACCACUACAAGAAAAAUGGCUUUUCUUAGCGGCCGAAAAAACGCUAUCUAA